UAUGCUUCUUCACAAUAUGAGAUUACAGUAACACUUGCCAUAUCUUUCUUAGGAAUCAGAAUUGACUGUACUGCUCUAGUUUUAGUUCUAAAGUGAUAGCUCAGGCCGUGUCUUAACUUUUCAGUUCUAUAGGAGACUUUUAUCCACACGAAUCAAGACUUUCUUUAUUUGAUCAGAUAUGUCAUCUUCAAGAUGAAGAUUUUGGAUUCAUCUCUGGAGUAACUAAAUAGUCAUAAUCCGACAAUGAACCUGAUCCGAGAUCGGUGGGCUUAUCCCAACAUGGAAAUGAAUGAAGUUCGUAAUUAUAACUUGGAACUGGUAAAGCAUGGUACUUCUCCACGAUGGCAAAAGAGAAAGUCUACAUUAAUUACAAGCAAAUGUGGAGAAAAUACAUCUCCAUUUUUUGUAGCCCGCGCCAUUGCUAUAGCUAUGGGGAUCCAUUUCAUUAUAAUGGUAAUGAUAUGCAGUGCCAUAUUCAUACACUCAUUAUUCAACCAAGAAGCUCCAAUUUCUUUGCAAGAAAGUUAUUGUGGCCCAUGUCCUAAAAACUGGAUAUGUUAUAAAAAUAACUGUUACCAAUUUUUUAAUGAGAGCAAAAACUGGUACCAGAGCCAAGCUUCUUGUAUGUCUCAAAAUUCCAGUCUCCUGAAGAUAUACAGCAGAGAAGAUCAGGACUUCUUUAAAUUAGUGAAAUCAUACCAUUGGAUGGGACUGAUACAAAUUCCAGCAAAUGGAUCUUGGCAGUGGGAAGAUGGCACCAUUCUCUUACAGAACCAGUUCCUGGCAGAAUACAAAUCACCAGACUCUGAAGCAAAAUAGAUACACAGAUAUAACUAUCUCUACAUGAAAAAAUAAAUAAAUUAACAAUGGUUGAAAUGCAGAAUGGAACCUGUGCAGUUUAUGGAUCAAGUUUUAAAGGUUAUACUGAAAACUGUUCAACU